AUGGCUGGCAGCGACCUUGACUCCGACCUCAUGACAUUCCUCAUGACCAGUCACAGCAAUAUGCCUGCAGCCCCACUGAAUCCUGACGACGAAGUUGGUGCCUCACGCCCCAAAUCCGCCGCGAGCCUGGCAAGAACACUCACGCCAACGCCGGUGAGGAGGCAGCUAUCGGUACUGUCCGACGCCAGUACUCAGGUCUUGGGAGGUGCUUACAGACGGGGGGCUACUUUGGACUCGAAUAUGGGCCUCACCCCCCAGACGGAUUCAAAGCCACCUCGUUCUCAGAUUGUUGAGGUGAGCCCAGCCCCGAGCACCCAGAAAUGUGACGAUCCUGAGCUGGAGCAUGAGAUUGAUGUGGUGUCCAAGAAGCUGGAGACCGAGCUCAAGCUGCAGAAACAGGAUCCGAAGAAGGGUGCUGGGAAGACCCCGGCCAAGACUGAAGAGCCCAACAAGGAGCCGGCCAAAGGAUCCGUCGCAGCAGCCGUCAAGGCUGCCGUGAAAACCUCGGAGGCCAAGGGGAAGCAGGUAACCGUUCCUCCGGAGGGGAAGAAGAAUUCGGGGAAACCCAAGAAGACGUCCCCGAAGAAAACCUCAAAGGACAAGGGUUCAAAGGGUGAUUCGGCAGACGAACGCAAGGAUUCCAAAGGUGGUUCGGCAGACGAAGACGAGGAUUCCAAGGGUGGUUCGGCAGAUGAGCACGAGGAUUCCGAGGGUGGUUCGGCAGACAAGCAGGACGAUGGUUUGCCAGACGAGGAGCAGGGCAAGACAUCCAAGCAAAGCCCGAAAUCGACAGCGCCCAAGAACAAGGCGACCCCAAAGGCAAAGUCAUCGAACUCGAAGAAGAACGAUGGCAAGAAGGGCAAGAAUAAGAUCGAGGGCGGGGCGACUUCCUCGAGUGGCAAGAGGCCGGUUGAGGAGCCGCAGCCAAGGAAGCAGACGGCACUCACCGAAGGAUGGAAGAAGUUCUCCCAGGACUAUUUUCGCGAGCACAAGCACGAAGGCAAGAAGCUGGGCCAGCUCAUGAAAGAAGCCGCCGAGCAGUGCCCGAUGAAGGACCCGACGAACCUCAUCUGCGCCUGGCACAGCGACUCCGAUCCUGUGGUUUUCGAGACGGCUGAGGGCCGCCGAUUGAAGGAUGCUGACAUCUCGAUCAUUCGGCUCCUAAUCGAGGAGAUGGAGUCCAAUGGAGUCGUGGAUCUGACGCUGAACUCCCACGACAUGGAGAGGCGCGACGAAGGAGACGACGAGGAAACGGCUUUUGUCAUCGAGCCCACCAGCGAUGCACCCCCCUUGGUGUUUAAGUUCACGAAGAACAAUGGGCAGAACCUCAAGUUCACGAAUGCAGCCAGCUUCUUUGACAACCGCACGCUCACAAACAGCGAGACGCUGCGGAUGGUUUGGCGAGUUAGCUUCAAUGCUGACGAGCAGGAGAUCUCCCCGAAGAAGCCACUUUACUUCUUGAAGGAUCUGGUGGAGCUGCAAAAGCAGCAAGUGCUUCGUUUGCUGUGA